AUGACUCACACAAACAACGACAACGACAACAACAACCGAAAGGAAUUGAGAAUAAACAACUGCAGACGUCGGAGGAGGAAUACUAUGCUUGUCAGUGUGUGUGCUUACGCCAUCACAUUAACAUUCGUGACAUUCGUGACAUUCGUGACAACAAUACCGUCAACAGAUGCCUUUGGCUUGCGAAGCAUAACGAAACGCUUACGACCGAAACGGAUUCCUGAUUCAGAGCGAUAUUCGAAUAACCUUGACAACAACAAUGUUGAUUCGUGGUCCAAAUCGGCCUCAGGCAGACGAUCGAGUCCCUUGCAAGUCCGAAAACGAGUGAAAGCAGUACUUCAAAAGGCACGAUCCAGGACGGGAGUAGAAAACAAAUCAGUACCUCCUGAUGCCAGCACUGUUGCGGAAAUUGCUUCCAUUGGUGGAUGGACAGAAGACUUACGGAUCGACCUCUCUUCGAAAACACCGGAAGAAUCCAACGGAAAGGCUUCAUCUACUCAAGUGAUGAAUGGAAAAAGCAAUGCUGAGGAGAACGAGACAACAACCGUACAACCAAUCCCAAUCCCUUCAGAUGAUGAAGUGAUGAAAGAGGAACGAAAUCAAAAGCCAGAGGAAUUUGAUGUGGUUCGUGGAGACAUUUCCACUGCCAAUGAAUUCUAUGAACCCAUACCCUUUAAACUACCUACUCUGAGACUGGAACAAAAGGCAUUGCUAGCCAAGGGCGAACGCGUUCAAGAACAAGCUCGCAUGGGACGAGAAGGAUCGGGAUAUGUGGUUCUCGAUGUCAAAGCACCUCCUUAUGUCGUUUGGGAAUGUCUACUCGAUUUUGAGUCGUACCCCCAAACCAUUCCUACUGUCAGGGACAUGCAACUCUAUACGACUGAAAAACUCAAUACUGGCUCUGCCAAUGAAAAGGCAAAGCUUCCUGGGAACGGUCGGGGAACGAGACACUAUGGAACUCCCAGCGUCACUCGGGCCAAGUUUGUUCUCAGCAAAUUUCGAUUGAAUAUUGCUGCCGUACAUACUUACACACCACAUCCUGAUGGAGACUACAUGAUCUUUACAUUGGACAAGUCAUGUACCAACAUGGUUCUCAAGGGAGCCAAGGGUAUUUGGUACACGGAAGAGAAUCCUGAUGGACGAGAGGGCUACACUCGCGUCUACUUGCUAUGCGAAGUCUCUGUUUCAAGAGCACUGCCAUCCUUCAUUGUGGAUUACACUGCCGAUCGGGCCAUGCCUAGAGCUACAACAUGGUUGAAACCACAAGUGGAGGCAGCUGCUGAUUUGUGGCUCAAGAAACCCCCAUGA